CUUAUACAACAACUGUUAUGUCAGCGUUGCCUCCAAUUUGUGUGAUUGGAAGUGUAGCAUGGUGCGCGGUGUGGUGCCACUCAUUUGUUUCUAAGUUGUUGAGUGGCACCAACCCGAUAAAGUUUUGAGACAAUUUGAAAUGCAACAACCUAUUCCCGGGUGUCCUUCACAACCCCUAAAUAUUCAUGGCAUAACGCUAAAAAGCAAACAAGAUGAAAAUUGGGGACAACUGUUCGCCCCAAUGAUCAGUCAAUGGAACAAUCGAGCUGAGUGUAGGGUUGAUGGUUAUCCUCAACAAGAGGGCCUAUUGAACUUUAACUCCGACUACAUGGUCUGGUAUAGGCGAAAAACAAAGAUGUUUGUUGACCCAAAAAAUGCAAACACAGCUACAUUGGUUGAAGUGACAGAGACAUUACAAUACAUGGUGUCUCCUCAAGGGAGGAAUACAUGGACAGUUGAUGAUCUCGUGCCUUAUGUGGAGAAAAUAACGAUUUUAUUGGAAGAGCAAGAGAGAAUCACUGAGCCUGUGUCACAUGGUCCACCAAAAGAACAUCAAUUUCCACCACAAGAGCAAGAGAGAAUCACUUGAGCCUAUAUGAUUGGCUUACAAUACUUGAAACUCUCUUUACAUUGACCAAAAGUCCAAAACACUCUAUGAAACUGACGGUGUUCGCGACUAACCGUAUUCCUAACAACAAAAUCGUCAUGUAGUAUUUGAAAAUAGGAUCCGGGAGAAUGAUUUUGAAUGUGCGUUAGCCACGACGAAAGUUUCGCAUAAGACUCUUCCCAAUUGUCAUAUUCAAGUGCAAUGGCUUUUUGUUUCGCCAUCCAAGCUUCUUUGUACGACACCUUAUAGGCAAAUUCAUUGUUUAUCCCCUCUUGAA